GCUCGGUUAAGAAGGACUCCAUCCAUGGCUGUAACCAGCCGGUGCCGGCUCAGAGGUCGCAAGAUCUUAACGGAAGCGGAGUGCGGGAAAAAAAUGUCGUCCCGCUCGGACAGCGGGAGUGGGGAGGACUCGUUGGACCGGCUCCUGCCCCCCACCGGGGCCCCUCGCAGGAAGAGCGCCACCUCGCUGAGUAAGACCGAGCCUCCUCUGCUGCGCACAGGCACACGCACCAUCUACACGGCCGGCCGACCGCCCUGGUACGACGAGCACGGCGCGCAGUCAAAAGAGGCCUUUGUCAUCGGGUUGUGUGGGGGCAGUGCCUCAGGGAAGACCACCGUGGCCAAUAAGAUCAUCGAGGCUCUGGAUGUGCCGUGGGUUGUGCUGUUGUCUAUGGAUUCUUUCUACAAGGUUUUAUCUCCAGAGGAGCAGGCUUUGGCGGCAAGUAACGACUACAACUUUGAUCAUCCGGGGGCUUUUGACUUUGAGCUGCUGGUGGCCACUCUGAGGAAGCUGAAGCAGGGCAAGAGUGUGAAGAUCCCGGUGUAUGACUUCACCACGCACAGAAGACAGAAAGACUGGAAAAAUGUGUAUGGUGCCAGUGUAAUCAUAUUUGAAGGAAUUAUGUCUUUUGCGGACAAAGAGCUUCUUCAGCUGCUGGAUAUGAAAAUCUUUGUGGACACAGACUCAGACAUUCGGCUGGUUCGCCGUCUCCGCAGAGACAUCACAGAGCGCGGACGGGACAUUGAAGGCGUCAUCAAGCAAUACAACAAGUUUGUGAAGCCGGCGUUUGAGCAGUACAUCGAGCCAACCAUGAGGCUGGCUGACAUUGUGGUGCCGAGAGGUGGUGGGAACAUGGUGGCCAUUGAUCUGAUAGUCCAGCAUGUUCACAGCCAGCUGGAGGAGCGUGAGCUCAGUGUCAGGGCCCUCCUUGCCUCCGCUCAGCAGACUCAGCCGCUGCCUCAGACGCUCAGCGUGUUGGAGAGUACGCCGCAGGUCAGAGGCCUGCACACCAUCAUCAGGAAUAGAGAAACAAGUCGAGAUGAGUUCAUCUUCUACUCAAAGAGAUUAAUGCGUCUCCUCAUAGAACACGCACUAACGUUUCUACCAUCUCAGACGUGUGUAGUUCAGACUCCGCAGGGCCAUGAGUACGAGGGCCGCAGAUACAACGGGAAAGGGAUCACCGGCGUGUCGGUCCUGCGGGCAGGAGAGACCAUGGAGCCCGCACUGAGGGCCGUGUGCAAGGAUGUCCGCAUCGGCAAGAUCCUCAUCCAGACCAACCUCGACUCAGGCGAACCAGAGCUGCAUUACCUGCGUCUGCCCAAAGACAUCAGCGAAGAUCAUGUCAUCCUAAUGGACAGUACGGUCUCCACCGGCGCUGCUGCCAUGAUGGCAGUACGAGUCCUAUUGGAUCACGAGGUGCAGGAGGAUAAGAUCGUGUUGGUGUCGCUGUUGAUGGCGGAGCUCGGGGUUCACUCUGUGGCCUACGCCUUCCCGAAGGUCAAAAUCAUCACCACUGCUGUGGACAAGAGCCUGGAUGAUUGUUUACAUGUAGUUCCUGGCAUCGGGGAUUUUGGGGACCGGUACUUCGGGACAGACGGCACAGACAGCUGGAGCGAUGAGGACCAGGACCAGCCAUCGUACUGACUUCUGUGAGCCUGUCAAAGAAACCAGUAAACUACUUGAAAACUCUGAUUAUUGUGCAUCUUCCCCUUUAAGCAUAAACCACACAAAAAAACUGUGAUGUUCAUGAAAUUUUGUACUCUUGUAUGGCAGAUGAGUCCUGGUGAAGCACGACAGGCAUUUUGUUCUAUUUACAGCUGAGCGUUUGAUAUUUAGAGAGUCGCAGAGGUGAAAACGGUGCCAUUAACUUUGAUGUACAAAAAUGCAAUACAAUGUCACUAUAUUGUGUAUGAUUUGAUCCAAGUUUGCAUCAGCUCCUUGUGAAUCCCAGAUAAUUUUAAGCUGAUUUACCUGUCAACCUUCUACAGUACCUUAACUAGCAUGGACUUCAGUCGUGUCUGAAUAUCAGACAUAAAACACAACAUCCACUCACAGUCAGCAGUGUAAACAUGUAGCAUCACAAGCUGUAACAGCUACCAGCAUAGCAGCUAAAUGUCAAGAUGCUAACCUGUGCACAAUGACAGUGCUAACACGGUGACGUUAGCAAGCUAACAUUUGCUUAUUGAAACUACACACAAAGUACAGCCGAGUCUGAUGGGAAUAUCUUUAGUUUUGCGGGUGUUUGUGGUUGCACAUUAAAAUUUUGACCCGGUGAUGAUUCAAAAGGAGAGAGAGAUUAAAAGGAUCACAAAAAUUUUUAAAAUUCAUCUUCAGAGGAGCACGAACGUCGGUACAAAACGCUCAUUACAAUCCGCCCAACAUCAAAAGGAUCCCCAAAGUCAAGUUAUUGAUAUACUUCAGUCAGGACCAAAGUGGUAUAGUGCAAACAUUUACAAAAACAUGUUUUAUUUUUGUUUCAAAGUUAGAACACAGUCCGUAGUACCAGUAUAAUUAUAUUUUUAAUUUUGGUUCACAUUGUGCAAAAUGAGCAAGAAGACGUCGUUUCCGGGUCCCAACCUCUUCUGGAUGCAAACACAGACUCACAGCUCUGUGACUCGAGUGUGAUGUUAUUACACAAGAAUAUGUUCUGAUUCACUCACUGCUGGUAUCAGACAUUUUUGUGUAUGUCAGGUGCUAAAUGCACAGCUAGAGUUUAGUUUUUCUCAGAAAUUUUAUUAAACAGAAAUCACACAAUGAAAUCAUUAUUACUUUCAAGAUUAUCUAACUCUCAUGUUUUUAUGCAGUCACAACGGGUGUAAAAUGCCUUUUGUGUAUAUAAUAAAUCUUCAAUUCAGGGUAUAAGACAACAUUUUGAGGAUUUAAUUCCACAUUUCGUCUCACUGCCGUUUCCUGCUUCUGCUGAAAUUGAUACGUUUUCAUUGCGUGUCUGGGCUGAGCGUCCAGGUGUGGAUCAGACCGCCAUUGCCAGGUCACGGCCGGUCAUAUGCUCACUUGUGAGUAUUUUCCACGGUCCUGUGACUCGAGUUCAGAUGCAGGCCGCCUGGCCCAUCCCCACCCCACCACCACAAUCACCGCACCACACCUGUGAUGCACUUUAAGGCCUGAAGGGGUCAGUGUAGCUCACAUUUAGCUUUUCUCUGUGUGAUUUAUGGUGUGUCCCUCUGAGAACUCAGUGUGUCCUUACAGCACAGAGGAACACACACACACGUCCAUCGCGCAGGUUGAAAUAUGUCGAGAUUUGAACUCAUGACAGGCGGUUCUGCAGCGGUGAAAACAUCCUCGUGAACAUCCUGGUGCUGAAUGUAGUGUGUUAAUGCUCUGUUAACAACGUGUAAGAUGCUAUGGUUGUGAUUUCAGGGCUACAGAAUGAGCAAUAAAAACCUUGAGCCUCCUA